AUGUGUCCACGUGUAAGACAUUCGGACCGUUGUACGAAGAUGUGUCCACGUGUAAGACAUUCGGACCGUUGUACGAAGAUGAAGACACGUGUAUGGACUGUGGCACUGAAGAUAAUGAUCCUCCUCGCUGUGGGUGAGACACAAGGUGCAGAUUUCAAUAUGAAGAAUAUUAAUUUGAUCGUGAAUAGGAGUCAGCCUGGUGUAGUCCGGUACUAUAGUGCCACGCUGCGGGACCAAUCUCCAUUUUUGGUGUUUGUCUAUGAUCCGACUGUGGGACCGGAAGUCAUAGAUGAGUGUGGGAUGUCCGUUGUCGUCUGCCUGUAUGAUCGAUGUCAGUUUCCUUCAGAGCACCUAGUGACGCUACAGUCUCCUCAGCUAAGAUAUGGCACCCUACUUACACGUCUGUUGACGAGUGGGUAUGAUCAGCACAAGGAGCUCAUCAUCCUCAACGACGAGGACAUGCAGAUGCCAUUGUCGUUCUUGCUAGAGAACGUGCAGUCCGUUGAUGUUGUUCUAGUGGAUAUCAAAUUGUCUGAGAGGAAUUUCCUAGACUCAUUGCGGAAAGUCCUGUCUCGCUCGGAUUCACGAAAAUUCAUCUUCCUCGGAACGCCACCACUGGUUAAGAACGUCACACAUUUGAUAUCAGACCUGAUGCCUUUAGUGGCCGAUACCAUUUGGUUGUUACUGGAUACACAAGGCGUUCUUCCCAUAUGCAACCCAUGUGACAGUGCUAUCAAUAUACUUAGAGAUGACUAUGUACAACAACUUGAAACGACUAUUGAGUCAGUUGUCCGCCGAGUGCUGAACACGUCACAAUUUUACACAGAAGGUGGGAUCGAUCAGCUGUCACUUCGCUCGGAAUUAAAACAGGCAUUGAUUUCAGUCCAGCAUGAGAUACAAAUAUUCCAACCGGGUUUCAAUGGAACACUUGCUCAGGUCGGCGUAUGGAAUAACGUUUCCGAAGCGUCGGGCAGGUUGCCAGUCAACUUCACAACAAAACACGAAAAACUGGCUCUGAGAGUUGUUACUAUUCACCACCCGCCCUACAUAUACAAGACAUCCAUUGACGGUGUCAUCUCCUAUCGCGGGUACGCUGUUGAGUUGCUGAGUAAAAUAGCAGAGGCCUCUGGAGUACAGUUCAUUAUAUCUGAGUGCACCACCACAAAGCCUUUUCUAGAGGCCACUGUAUUCGCCUGGAAUGAAUGCAUUACAGAUAUUGUUUCCGGGAGAGCUGAUAUGGUUAUUGGGCCAAUUGGAGUGACUAAGGAGCGAGGAACCAUGGUCGACUUCAUCUUGCCGUAUAUUCAGUACGAUAGUGUUCAGAUGCUUACAAGGGCCAAAAAAGGAAGACGGUUUGACUUUUUGGAAAUAUUUGACCACUGGUCAAUGCUCGUUUGGCUGAGUUGUUUUAUUUUCACAUCAGUAACAUUGUGGAUUUAUGAAAAUGUAAUAAAACGGCUGGAAAGGAGGAAGAACCCGGAUGUCAAGUACUGCUCCUUCCAAGACGUGGUCUGGUUUAUUGUUACUAAGGCGGAAUUUGAAUGUGACGGUAUCCGGUUAUCACGAACAAGUACUAAGUUAAUGGGUUUCGGAUUCUGGCUGUUGUCUUUCAUCCUCCUUUCUGCUUUCACAGCCAAUCUGGCUUCCUUUAUGACCGUUUAUCGUAUGGACGACCUACACGUGAAAGCCGUCUCUGAUUUGGUGACUACAAAGGAUGUGAAGUUUUCUGUAGUAUGGGGUUCAGAUGAAAUGGUGUAUUUUGAAAAUAUGAUGAAAACUGAAGAAGCGUUUCACGAUCUGUGGAAAAGCUCAAACCUCUACCCCGACAAUAAACAAUAUGCCUUCAACGAGAUUGUCUGGGACUAUCCAGUUAGAGACACGUUCACGAAAAUAUGGCAAAGCAUGUCAAAGACGGGAUUCUUCAAUAGUACAUCCGAGGCUCUCAGAAGAGUGGCAGAAGGAAACUUUAUUCUUCUGUCAAAAACAGAGACUGUGAAAUAUUUAAUAUCUCAGAACUGUGAUGUUAAGUCGCUAGGGUCACCUAUGGGCUAUCAUCCUGUUGGAUUUGCACUGAAAAAAGAUUCCAGCCUCUUAUCAACUAUGUCCAACAGUUUUAUGGAAAUACAACAGUCUUCUGAUGUGGAGAGUUUGAAAAGAAAAUGGUGGGAGAACAGAAACUUGCACUGCGAUACUGAGGAAAUCAUACAAGAAAUUGGUUUCACUGAAAUUGGCUAUUGGUUCCUGACCCCCGUAUUCGGCAUAAGUCUUGGAAUUCUUAUUCUUGGUAUGGAGCGCAUCGUCCGGUACAGGAUCAGUAGCACAGCCAAGAAGUACACCGUACGGAAUGGCUAUUCACCGACCCAGCACUAUCGGGACAAUGAUGGUCCUGGAAGUACACAGGAUACAAGUCUCCAAAACAAGGGAUUUUCAGAAAAUCGUCCUAAAAACUUAACGACUAUGGUCCAUGAUACCAAAGACAUGCCACAUCUUUAAACAAAAGAACUGUGUUAUAUUUGAAACUGGUAUUUCAUAUAGAUAUAUCCCCGUUAUGUCAUGUAAAAUAUCUUACCAUUAUGGUGUUUACAUUUAUCAACGCUAUUCCGUGUAAGAUUUGUCACGGGUAUAACGUGUAAAUGAUUUCCUGGUAUGUCUUCUUUUAUAUAUCUAUACAUUUUUUGCAAUAAAGUG